AUGUUACCUGCUCGUCGUGACCCAGCUUUUACUAAAUGCGAUCAGGCACUUGAGUGUACGCCUCGGGAGUGUACGAGCUAUUUCACCUGCACUGUUAUAUGGCAAAAGCUUACAUUACAAAAAGGUGCUGUCGUUCAGCACCAUACCGAAGCCCAUAUAGUGAAAGGUCGGAUGCUUGGGGGAAACACGGAAUCUUUGGUAGCAAACAUCCGUCUCGUAACAUUGAAAUGUCGGUCACUAUCAAAUGAACUCAAAAUCAGAAAGUUCGUUAGCUCGCCUGGUGACACGAAUCAACGAACAACUGCUGCAGUUCGGACACCAACUGGAUGUGCUACACCGUUCAAAGUGGAAACUGGCGUGAGACAACCGGCCGUGGUGGGACCCAUUCUGUUCAACGUUGCCGUCGAUGACAUAAUGUGGAGAACAAUUGAGCAGUGCACGGCAGUAUUCCUUUUAGCACCGUCUGCAUGUCCCUUGGUGGAUCUCGAGCACGCCGACGAUAUAGUAAUAUUCGCUUUAAGCAGCGUGAAGUUACAUGUUGUUUGCCUUGUAUCAAAAUUAGCUGCAGCCUACGAACUGGGACCCCGUCCUGAUAAAUGCAAACAGAUUUGGGUCUCCUCGAGAUCCUCAACGAGAAUCAGGGUGGACAGAAAAUCUGUUGAACUUGCGGAUGGGCUCUGUUAUUUGGACUAUAUAUGGUGA